AUGGAAGACAUACGACCAACCGCGAAAUGGGCAAAUCGCAUGCUGCGCCCUUUAAGUUCUAUCUAUCAUCGCCUGGAAAAGCACAACGAGAUUCUUACGAGCAUCGCACAUGCGAAGCUAAAGGAAAGGGGGGGUUUAAGCACUAGUGGGUGUAUCCGACCCUCCAGAGUGACCUGUGCGGAGGAAAGGUGCUCUUACUCGGACGAAGAACCCGGUGAUCCCGCUUGGGUUCCUGGAAGACCGAUCAGACGACGAUUACGGCAUAAUUACUCGAGUAGAGGGCAAAGAAAUGGGGCGCGACGACGUAGCAGGCUGUCGAUUCACAGCCCAGAGCGGCGGAAAACUCUACCCGGUGCGAUCGAGAUUGCGACACCCCUCAUUACUGGGAAAGCAAAGCAGCCUUUGGAGCCAUCGUCGAUUAGGAAACAGCUUUUUUGGAGUCCUUUACCUACGAAUACUAUCGGAGCGACCGAUCAACGGAGGGCGACGCGAACGAACAAUAGCAGUUACCCUUCUUACCAAGGCUCGUGGAAGGAAGUGCUCGACCUUUCCGGAGAUACAGGGCUUGUGGAUAUAGCACACUUUUUGGAUCGUAUAUUUAUAAAAUUCUUGAGCAAAACUCGGAGCAAUCCUGGGCCCUCGCCAAACCAACAGCAAAGUCGGGGCGCUCGGUCCUUGUUGUCUAUGGCCGUGCGACGUCUCCCUGAUUUUAUUGCGGAAGAGCAGAGGAUACAAGAUGAGCUCGAAGAGGAUUGUGAUGCAGAUAUGUGUGAUGCAUAUUUUACCGAACUCGAGGCCCAUUAUGCUCCGGGUGGCAAUGGAUGGUCGCCCCUACGCGAAGCCGUGCGUGCUCAGGGCAUCCGACUGGUCUCUGAGAUGGUGCACAAGGGUUGGGUUACCAAGCUCGCCGCUUGUCGACUUCUAGAGGAAUGUGUGAGCCAUGGCGAAAUUGACGCCUUUGAGCUACUAUUGUCUAAACAACUCUCAACCGUUAACACAUAUGAUUACCCAACGGCGUUCGACCCUCACACGCCAUCAACCCAUUGUGACGAUCCUGUCCAUAUCCUGGGAACGUAUUACGCAAAAUGUGUUGGAAGCCGCUCGUUUAUCUUUGACGAACUGGCGAAACUCCUUUCACGUGGAGCCAUGCCGCCGGAGUGGAUGGUCACUAAUCUGUGGAAGCGUUGUGUAGAUGGGGCAAUCAAAGCUCUAUCAACCGAAUGUGUUAACUCGGCUGCUGCAACACGAGUGAUCGAAGCUGUGAUACUUUCGGCUGGGGGUAUUUCCCAGGCUUCAAAUGUGGUGCUCGUGUCUCACGGAAAGGUUUUAUGUACACUACGUGGUCGUCAAAAGGACACUCGUGCCUCCGCGGCGAAUACGGCAAGUCUACCCAAAGACCAGUCGCCCUGCCCUGUUCCAAUCCAAGAUGCCUUGAACAAUCUCACUUCAAGCCUUGUUACUGCGCUAUGCGGAAUGUAUAUCGCACGGUCGCAAUCCGUAGGUGACAGUGAUAACGUGAUCGGCGUAAAAUUCAGAGACACGUUGAGGCAUUUGGCAUUUACUGUUCAGCGGGCUAUCGGACUGGAACAACCGUACGAGGCUAAAAGAACGACUCUUCAUUCACUGCGCCGUGGAUAUGUCUUAGUAGGCGACCGUUUGCUACAGUGUGGCGAAGUGUCGUCAUUUGAGCCUUUCGGCCCGUCGGACUCUAUCUCGAGGAGGAAUAUGAAACUAUUUUUCUUAUCAUUAGCGUGUCAGCAUGACAUGGUCAGAGAAUUAGCAGAGCUGGUCCGGCAGGUUAUCAAGUUUUAUGAGCGCACACGCAAGAGCGACCAAACUAGAGUAUCCUUGGGGGUUCGGUCCAAAAUUUCACAGCUGGCUGAACUGGCGAAUGUCCACUGUUUCUCUUCGCUCCUUGCAAAAAUAGCUGCCGAAACUGCCAUGGGACUCGCCGAGUCUACUCUGGAUGCCGAUGACCAUACCUGGGCGAUUGAGGUCCAACAGAAGGCGGUUCUACUUCAGCAAGGGCAGAGCCCGAAACAGUCGCCCGCAUCUGGCCAUGAAGCCCCAGACGAUAGCGUUGAUAUGUAUCGAUGGGAGGAAAGUAUCGGUGAGUGGGUGGCUAGUACACCUGCAACCAAACCGAAACUUACUCAGUUGAAUAUCGCCAAAGGAUAUUCUACUCGGCCGGCAACCAUUGCGUGCUCGACAAGUAGCAUAUCAUCUAGUUCUAGCCCCUCACAGGAUGCUGCCUCCAGCGUCACAUCAUCUGCGCCAUCUGUCUCAGCUAAAAGAGCUUUCACGGCCACAGGAGUUGGCUCUAAAUCAUGCAAGAGGCUUCGCUCAACCCCUGUGGAAAGCCAAACCCGUGAUUCACCAAUGGCGUCGGAGCUCCCGUUUGCAGGAUCUCCGAUAGCCGCCCGGACCAGGGCUGCACGUGGGGCCCUCAAGGACUCAGUCCAACCGAAAGUUCCGAAAUCCUUCUCUGUCGACACAUCAUUCCCUACAACUAAGGUUGAAGUGGUCAUUGUUAAUAAGAACGUUUCAGCCGUAGACCCUAUGACUCGCAGGCAUCAUUCCCGAACCACGGACGAGGGUACCGACUCGAAUCGGAGAAAGUCACUCUCGGCCACAUUGGGGCGGGGUGCUGGCAAACAAUCAAGUGCACCACCCAUAACCUGGUGGACGAUUCCUUGCUCGCAGGAUGACGAUAGUGAUGACGAACUGAGUUUUUUAUGA